GAGUAAAUUCGGUCUCGGAGGGGCUUUAUGAAAGAAGGAUAGGACGUUGGUGUAUUUCAAAGAUAACAGUUUGUGGCGAUCAUGUAGAUCCAGUCACAAUCAUUCAGAAAAUACUUAGAUUUCUUAUGCUGCGAAGGUCGUUAACUUGUGUUGUCUGGAACGCCUUCACAGAAUAAAGAUAAAGUUGAAGAAACUUGACGGAAUAAAUUGCGUGACAAUGGAUUAUAAUGGGAGGAUAGAAGUUUCUGGUGAUCAUGUACAUCCAGCCACACUGGAAGAGACAAUAGAAAAGUAUGCACAGAUUGAGCUCCACAGAAAGGUCAAGGACAAACCUGUUGCUGCAGCACAAGGAUUCAAGAAAAAUAAAAACUUCCAAUUUGAGACUUGUGUUGUGAAGGUUCCAAGAUAUUGGAUUAUAUCAAAUCGCGAAAAAAUAAAGAAAAAGUUGUUGCAGGAAAUGAACGGAUUAAAAGCCAUCACCAUGAAUGCACGAGAAAAGACGAUAGCAGUUUCUGGUGAUAUUAUAGACCCAACCAGAGUCAUAGAGAUAAUAUCAAUGAUUUGUAGGGCACAUCGUCCAGAGCUUGUGUCCUACAACAAGAAGAAUUCAGAUCCUGCAGAUCAUCAAGAACAAGGUCGACCGAUCAAGAAUGAUAAAUUCCUUCAAGAUGACACAAAAUUAUUCCCUGAUUAUCACGAGGGUCUUAUUGCUCUUCCAUUGAUGGAGAAGAACCACCGUUUUGAUGGUCCCGUGACUUGUGUUUUGAAGGUACAAUGUUCAGGUUGUGUUGACGAAGUAAGGAAAACGUUGCACAAAAUAAAAGGAGUAAAUUUCGUCUUCAGCUUCUCACGAUUUGGAUUUGAUUGGAAGCUAAAAGUUUUUGGUGAUAUAGAUGUACUCACAAUCACAAACACAAUAUUGACAAAAUACAAGAGAUCAGUAUUGCUUUCCGCCUACAAUGACUGUCGUCACCCCAAAAAGAAACCAACUGGGGUUUUGGAGCGACUGGUUUCCGCUUUCGAAACUUUGUGUGACGACUUUUGACUUCUUUGGAUGAUUAUCAUUUUGAGGAGAAUUUAUAUAUAUAUAUAUAUAACCUUAGCUUUUUAGUCACAUAUGUCUCACUCCGUGUCACAAGUACCAAAACCUAGGUGGAUGGAACCUUACCUAUCCAAAUUUCUAUACACACAUGUCAAUUGAAUUGAAAUGAUUUUUUUGAUAAGGGAAUGAUUUCAUUUAAAUUACUCUA